CCGUUAUUGUUCUUGUCGCUGGCAGUCUUCUCUGCGUUUUCCCUUGUUCGUUGAAGCCCAGCGCUGGAAGUCUUGUGCUCUUCACCGACUCUGAGCUAGACCGGCAGGCCCGCAGGUCGCGUCUAGAAAUUAUCAGCCCAGCUCAGCCUGCACGACAAGCCCUCCAGUGGCCCACCGUUUCUAACACCGUCCGCUUUCCAUUGACAUUGCACUUCAUUCACCGGCGCCAGCGUCCGACAUGAAUCUCCGCCCUCCCUCCUCAGCCAGCCGCAGCCCGUCCCCCGGGCCCCAAGAGAACGGCAGGAACGCCCACGUUCGGCAGUCCAUGGGCCCCUCUGCGAGAGGCACGCCGACCCUGGCUCCGUCAUCUCCCCGUCCGGGCGGUGGGCCCAGUGCCCGACCGACAAGCGAGCUGCUGAGCGCUGGAAGCGCUGGCAUGUUCCAAACCCCCGAAGCGGAGGCUUUAGACCAAUGGUUCGAAAAUCUCCAGAACUACGAAGCGACCCUCGAGGAGAUGGCCGCGGCGUCUCUGGACGUUAACUUUAAAGAGGAGCUUUCCGCCAUCGAGCAAUGGUUCAAGGUCCUUUCGGAAGCCGAGCGCACAGCCGCUCUUUACAGUCUUCUACAGCACUCUACCCAAGUUCAGAUCCGAUUCUUCAUCACCGUCCUCCAGCAGAUGGCGCGGUCCGACCCCAUGUCCGCCCUCCUUAGUCCUGCUAUGGGAUCUAUGCAGAGCCAGAUGGAAGCGAAGCUUGCGAGCAUGAACCUUAAGUCUCCUGGCCUCAAGUCCACCUUCCCCUCGUCCCCGACUGCCCGCAGCUUCAACACUGGCCCCAGCGGCGGCGCUGGCAACCGCCAGUCCGUUGUCUUGGAGCACGGCGCGAACUUCCUGUCGCCCGACGCGGCGAACACGAGCGUCGGACAGGAUUCGGCGGCGGCGACGCUCGCUCAGCAGCGCGCCAAGCUCAAGGCCAGCAACGCAGCGCACAGAAUCUCCGCCCCCGUCCUCAGCACCGGUGCGAAUGGUGCUUCGUGGGCCAGCGCGGCGGCUUCGCUCGGUCAGGUCUCGGAGAACAAUCAGUCGAGCCCGCCUGCGCAGGAGUCGAGCUCGCGCCCUAAGAGCACCGAGUUCAGCGGUGGCCAGCGCGCUAGCAUUGGCGGCGGCGAGCAGCUUGCGAACAACUCCCAGCACGACAACUGGGCGAGCAUGGUUAACACUCCUCUAGUGCCCAUGUUCCAGAAGGAUCACCGCCAGUCGCUCGACAGCGCUGCGAGCAAGCUUCAGGAGUGGUCGUCCGGCCAGAAGAGCCCUGCUCCUGGCGUCCCUCGCAUGGGCGAUCCGACCAUUCACAAGCGCGCGGCGAAGAGCUCGAACGGACAGGGCUCGGACACCAGCGCGGUAUACGACGAGAACGGCAACCUCAUUCAGGGCGGCAACGGUGCGGCGCGCAUGCGCAACGUCAGCCAGGGCGGACUCGGGCCAGUAGGAGGCGGCGCCGGCAGCUGGCAGGCCGGCGGUGCGCGGAGCCCGGCGCUCUCCAACACAUCUUCGGGCAGGUUCGGCGGCGACGAACCCAGCCCCAACCUCAACAACCUCGGCAUGCAGAUGAACGCGAUGAACGGCGGCCUGCCGGGUAUGAACGGCAUGAACGGCCUUAACGGCUUCAACAUGGGCCUCGGCAGCCCUACGAUGGGCAUGAAUGGGAUGAACGGCAUGCCCGGGCUCGGUGGCAUGUCCCCGAUGACGCCCUUCAACCUCAAUAUGCUGAGCGCGAUGGGCAUCUCCCCCGAGGCGCAGCUGCUCGCGGCGCAGAUGGCGGCAAGCGGCGCGUUCGGGCAGGCGAACUGGUCGGGCAACCCCCUGCUGAAUGCGCAGGGCAUGAACAACAUGCGCCAGCGCCCGGGCCCGCCCAGCAACCGCUCGACGCCGAACAAGAGCAUGGGCAACCCGGGCACGAGCACGCCGAAGCAGAACAGCGACGAGGACGUGGAUCCGGCGCUGCUCACGGACAUCCCCGGCUGGCUGCGCAGCCUGCGGCUGCACAAGUACACGCCGAACUUCGAGGGGAUGAAGUGGCAGGACAUGGUGGUGAUGGACGAGGCGGCGCUGGAGGCGAAGGGCGUCGCCGCGCUCGGUGCGCGGAGGAAGAUGCUCAAGACGUUCGAGGUGGUGCGGAAGAAAAUGGGCAUCGAGGGUCCGCCCUCGGCGCCGUCGAGCGCAGCUUGAGCGUCGGCAUGCGCGGACCUUCAAGGCUGGACAUGCGACUGAUUGCUCGCACGUUCGAAUACUUCCCCCGCUCUCUCUGUAAUCUCUGACAUACGAUGUCUCGUCCUAAUGAUUCCUGUCUAUGCUCUCCGCUUGUGUCCUCGUUCUCGCAGAAAAUACGAAUACCCGC